AGACAGUUGCAGUGCCAAACAAAUCAGUGUGCCGAUAAUUGGCUAGUUUAUCUAUAGGUGUCGACCCGAUUACACGCCGCACAAUGGCCGACGAAAUCAUGGAUUACGAAGACGCGCCAAAAAUGAACAUCGCUGGCGCCAUCGGCGAAAAACUACAAGAGUCCAUCAGAAACAUGGACGUAAUAUCUAUGCUCAGAAACAUGGUCGACCAAGUACCUCAGGACGAAGACGCUGAGGGCGUCCAGGAUAAACUAAAAGAUGUCAUAGAGAAAUAUAACGCAAUGACAGAUGAGGAGAGGGAAGAGUUUUCUAGUAAAAUGAAAGAGGCCAUAGUGAGCAAGAUCUCGAUGAAAUUGCAGGAUCCUAAUGCGUUUGAUAUGAGCGGGAUUCAGGACGCCAUUCAGGAGGCUGUUAAGUUUCAGCUGAUGUUGAUUGGUGGAGCUAUUAUUCUGUUCCUGAUACUUUUGGUAUUCUUCGGCUACAAACUCUACAAGUCCAUAAAAGACAAAGAAGUAAAGAGGGAAGAAAAGAAGAAAGCCAAGCAGAUGAAGAAGAAGAAAUGACCUACCGACCUGACCAUCGACAAACUGUACUCUAGGUUUUAUCGUUUUAUCGCUGUGGAUAAAACCUGUCAUGUCAAG